GUUAGUAAUUGCCUUCAAGGUUGUUUAAAAAAAGUACAUGUAAUAUGCUGUUUUGAUGUAACAUAAUUUGUUUUAACAGUGAUGAGAGCUCACAAUAAAUAAAGAUUCUUUUUGGGCAAGAAAUACACACGCCUACUCCGACAUCACGGAAAAUAUGUAUUACCCAGCUGAUCCUGUCGAUGGUUUAAUAAGAGAGUUUUCGAGACUGAAGGUCGCAAAACCGCAAGCCAACAAAUUAGUAAAACGGAAAACUAACUAUCACAAGAAAAGGGAACUUCCUCGGCCCCUCUCGAUUCGAUUUAAUCCAAGCGUUUUGAAUAUCGAAUUAUGGUCUGUAAUGCAAGAUUGCACGAAAGCGAUGGAGUUCGUGGCUGUUGAGGUUGGUACAAUAGAAUUUAAUAAAAUAUUGAAUAAAUUACCUCCUUCGCUGUAUGUAUCGGAAAUAAAAAAAGUUUGCAAUCCGUUUUUAAAACUUUCGUUUGAUCUGAAAAGGUCUUUCUGGUGCAACAAUGUAACCCCACUGCAACUAUUUCACGGUACGAAACAGAAAUAUGUAGAUAAUAUUUGUCUACAUAAUUUUAAUUGGAGAUACAGCGGAAAAGAUACUGGGCACAGAUACGGCAAAGGUGUAAAUUUUACAUCGAAACCAAAGUUUGCUCUGAAUUUCUGCGAUAAGAACUCCGCUGAUAAGGUUUUAAUUCUGGCAGAAGUUUUGUGUAAAGCGUUUGGAGAAGGAAAAGAGAAUCUUCUCGUUCCGCCGUACGGAUGCGACACCGUCACUGCGUGCAACGGAAUUUAUGUUAAAUUUUGCGACGGUGAAUUUUAUCCGAAGUACGUUCUUCAUGUCCGCAAAUAUAAUCGAAAACGUUAAAUGUGUUAUGUAAUAUUUUACAGGGUAUUUUUAUUAUUCUUAAGUGCUCGUUUUUCUAACAUAAUUUGAGUUAAUGUUUUGACUGUUUGUUUUAUUUAUAUUUUGAUAGUCUAUGUAUGAAUAUAGUUUGUUUUACUGAUAACGGGAUAUAACUUGAAUACAAGCUCAAGUGGUGUUAAAUGCCUUAUUAACAAUUCGAUAUUAACUUGUUACUUGCCUUGUUUUUUAAAAAAAAUAAGUUGACAAAAAACCAUUGAAAUCCAUUUGAAUUUGUAUCAAAUUGUCCCUCGAAGAAGUUUUGUUGUUUUAUUAGAUAUUUAGGCUUCAAGUUCACAUGUUACAAGGCAACAAACUAUUUCGCACAGAUGAAAAGUCUUUAUUGUGCUUUAAAGAACUUUAAUGCCAUCUUUAAGAAAAUCUGGACAUAUUAUAAACAUUUACAGGGUCUUCCACCUCAGCGCAUUUCUUUCAUAAAUCUAUAACGCAUGCGACGCCAAUAAUCCCAAAAAUGCCCCUAGCACCGGCCACUAGACUUAAUAAUUUUAAUACAUUAGGGCUAAAUUACCCUCUUAAUACACCAACUAACACUGUCAAAUUUCAACAAAAUCGAGUGAAUAUAUGUUUAUAAAAUAUAAAUAAAUAUAUAAAAUAUAUUAUAUUUUUUAAUAAGGAAUCGCCCCUAAAAUAUCUCCGUCUAUUUUUCGAACACCCUGUAUAUAUAUUCGAGCAACUUAAGAUGCGUGCGCACAUUGCUAUAAAUUUAUAUAUUUAUAAAUUUUAAAAAUAUUUAUAAAUAUAUAUGUAAUACAAAAACGUGGGUGGGUUUCGUCGCAUGCGUCUCAAUGUGUGCGCCUUGCCUUAGACAUAACAUCUAAAAAAAACGGAUUUAUGGUCUGCAUAUUUUAAAAGUAGUUUGUAAAUAAUAACGGGAAUCACACUAGCUCCACAAAUUUUUUGACGCCCCGAUAUUUCCAAGAAAUAUUUUUUCUUUACUUUUAAUUUUUUUCUAUGCUUUUGCAAAAUACUAGGUAGUUCUUCUUCAGUAACAUCUUAGAUUUUUUAAUUUUUUAUUAUAAGUUUAAAACCGAUAAUGCUAAACAAGGAAAAAUUCUAAUUACAGAUUCAUUAGUGAUUAUCAAAAUUUAUUUAAUUAUAAUUCAGAUUUUGGAUAAUGUUAGGUAAGUAUAGUUACAUUUUUAUUCUUAACGUGUUUUCCAAAAUGAAAAUAAUUACCCACUAAUGAAACGCAUGGAUGCAUAUUGAGCCAGAAACUUUUUAACAAACCAUAUUUGACGGGCCCAGAAUAAAAGUCAGUUAAAUACUGCACGUAGAACAAAAAUAAAUUUUGUACAUUCAAAGAAACUUCCACAGGCUACUGUAAUACUUUUUACAAAACUUCUGGAUUCCUCAUGUGUCGUUUUUUGCUGAGUCGAACUUGUCUUACGUUUCGCCAAUCAUCCCAUUGGCUUCU